CAAAGCCUAAAGAAAACAAAAAUCUAAUAGCCUGCAUGUAACUGGAUAAUGACAUAAGCAACAGUAAGAUGUCUUUAUGGACACAAUGUGACCCUGAAAACAACACUUUUAUAAACACAGUCUGAGAUCAAACCCCUCCAGCUCACAACAUGACUGUGAACUGCAUGAGAGCAGCUGAGUGCAUCUCUUGGUCCAUUUGCGUCUCCAGUGCGUUGCAGCUUUAACCGGUCGGUCCAUCAUGCCUUGCGGUGUCCCACUUCAGUUCCGAUGCUAUUUUACAACCAGCAGCUCCUCUGUGGUCUCCUCCUCUCUCUCAGUGGUGGAGCUGAGCGGCUGCUAACAGGAGGAGCAGCAGAUGUUGAGAGCUCCAUGUCGGAUGUCCAAUAACCGGACGGACUCGUGUUUACAUCAACAGCACUGGUUGUUAGUAUCUAGAGGAGGAGACGUGCGCACACCGUGAACUCUCUGAUGCAGGAAUAUCCCGCAUGUUACCGCACAACAAGCAGCAGAAAGUACCGGAUUGUACCCCUGAAAGAGGCUGCAGCACCAACAGGAGACUUUCUAAUGCUCUGACAACACAACACACAGUGAGAUCUGCUGCUGAACACAGGAUGGACAGUUAAACAUCGUUAGCACCCCCUUGUGGUGUGGAGGAAUGAGGGCCUCUGGAUGAAGGCCAUGGAGCUGAAAGUAUGGGUGGACGGAGUGCAGCGCAUCGUGUGCGGGGUCACGGAGUUCACCACAUGCCAGGAAGUGGUCAUCGCUUUGGCGCAAGCCAUCGGACGCACUGGCAGGUACACUUUGAUCGAGAAAUGGCGUGAGACAGAACGUCACCUGGCUCCGCAUGAGAACCCCGUGGUGUCCCUCAACAAGUGGGGUCAGUAUGCCAGCGACGUCCAGCUCAUCCUCCAGCGGACCGGCCCGUCUGUUAGCGAGCGGCCCACCUCCGACGGGCAGGCUCGCGUCCCGGAGCGUGGCUUCUACCGGCAGAGCCUGCCACCUCUGGCCAAGCUCCGCCCGUCGGGGACAGACCGCUCGCUCAAACGGAGGGAACCCAAACGCAAGUCUCUGACCUUCACCGGCGGUGCCAAGGGCCUGCGGGACAUAUUUGGGAAAAGCAGAGAUGCUGAAGCCAAACAGGCCCAGCAGCGAGGUGUGAGUCUGAACCUGAGCAGGGUCGGAGGUGUUGGAGUAGCAUCUGUACCCGGGAGUCCAGCCAGAGAGCUGAGCCGGCUGGUGCAGCUGCAGAGAGACAAACUCCAGGCCCUGGAGAGCCGUCUGCUGGGCUGCGAGGCCGAGCUGCGAGACUGGGACGAAGCCGCUGGCGAGGCUGAUGAAGGAGGAAACUUGGAGGAGGAGCUGCUGCUUUUAGAGCAGCAGGUGAGGAGGAACGACGGCGAGAUGGAGGAGGAGGAAUUCUGGCAGAACGAGCUGCAGAUCGAGCACGAGAGCGAGCGGCAACUCCGGCAGCAGCUAGUCGAGCUGCAGGGCCGCGUGCGCGACGGCGAGGCCAAGCUUUCAGAGUACCUGGCACACAUACAGAGCAUGGAGGGAGGCCUGGAGCAGGAGCGGCUGCAGCAGGAGGCCGAGCUCACCCAGAGGGUCAAUGAGGAGGAGGUGCAGGCCCAGCUGGAGAAAGUGAGGGCGGAGCUUGAAAUGCAGAGCCAACACACAUCGAGGCUGGAGAGCAGCUGCAGGGCGUUGGAGCGCUCACUUGGCCAGUCCAGCAAGAGAUUACAGGAGAAGGAGCAGGAGCUGGAGCAGCUGACAAAAGAGCUACGACAGGUCAACCUGCAGCAGUUCAUUCAGCAGACUGGUACCAAGGUCACCGUGCUGCCUGCCCAACCUACAGGAGAAAACUACAAUGAAGUGGACACUGGUUCUCUGAAACGACUCGGCUCUUCUCGCCUCUUACCCAGCGACCUUCGCGCCCUUCAGAGCGCCGUGUCCUCCAGCCUCAACCCUGAAGGCAUCUACGUUUGACCCCAAACUGUGCAGGAGACAUUAUUUGAGCAGCAGGGUCGGCCUGAUGUUACUAGAGCUGUUCCUAUGACUGUAAGGCCUCAAGAAUCGACUCCCCAAUCUGCUGAAAUGCUCUUGAGCAAGGAAACAAAGCGUGGAGGAUGUUGGCAAAAACAUUACAUGGAGGAUGAGUGGGGGGUAUCACAAAAAAAAAACAGUUCUUCCUGCUCUGCCUCCUCGUCCUCCAUCUUACCAGGACUCAAACUGAUGUCAAUAUCCAUUUGCAAACUAACAUUUAAUCUGUCUGAACUCCAGCGGGUGAGUGAAGAUUAAUCUUAAAUCACUCUCAGUCUACUAAAGCUCCAUUUUCUCAGAAUAAAAAAGAAAAUAAGCCAGCAGAUGUAUUUUCGUUGCCUGAGGAGGCUUCAGCCAAACAGUGCAGAUUGUUUUUACGUUGUAAGUCAUGAACUGGAGGAUGCAAAGUUUGGAAAAACAUAAUCCAUGCACGAGCAUGCACAAAACACCAACACCAUAACCACAGCCAUAUCUGAUUGUUGCCUUACUCUGGUGUUUUAAAACCAGACGUCAAUAAUGUUCAAACAAGGUAGCUACUAAACUAUGCGCCAUAAAAAUUUGAUAAAAUGCUUGGCACCAAUUCAGGCGAUACCUUGUCAUGGUUAAUUGAUGUCAGUAUAACUCAACUGUGGCUCCUUUUCUUUCACAUAAGUUUUUAUAUUGAUUUUAAAUCGGGAAUACAUUUGCCUCAUAUUUCCUGUGUUAGACAAAAAUGCCCACCGUACACAGUAAAAGAUAAAGGAGAAAAUAGAUGAUCGACUUUUGGACAUUUUUGGUGAAAUAGUUUGGCUCUCGGCUCAGUUUUGUGUCAUAUUUGGUGCAGAGCCAUUAAUCUCCUCUUUGUUUCACUUGAUCACUUCCUCUCUGAAAUGUGAAAGCAGCGAUGAGUGAUGAUGGAGGUCUUUUGAGCCUGCGGUGGAAAUCCAGUUUGGAAAGUUUGCCAACAAUGACUUCACACCCGGUUUGACCACCAGGUGGCGACAAAACAUGAAUUAUUCAGACUUGGGGUGGAAAGUUAACUGUGUGAAAGUUGCUCCUGGUGUGAUGUUAUCUGUCUUUUUCACGGGUCAAACAUGACAGUGCAUAUUGUUUUUGUUACAAAGCCUCAGCACUUUAGCUUUCAGUGUAAAAUCUGAGGUGCCACUUAGAUGGUUUGACAUGUUUCACUGUGUUCAUCAAACAAAAAACAGUAUUACACACACAUACUGUAUUCUCUUGUUCCAUCAGAUUUUUUUAAUGAACUAAAGAUGUCUCAUAUGAACCAAAGCUAGUGUGAAAAACUAUAAUAGUUAGAUGAAUGUACUUUUUUUAUAUGAAUGCAACUUGAACCAGUAUAGUAGUCGCGUCUUCAGUUUUCAUGGUUUGCUGUUGUUAGGAGCCAGACGGUUGAGCUCUGUCUGGUUGAAACUCGGCAUAAAAGAAGUUGACAGUAAAACUCAAUCAGGCUAAAACAUGUAAAAACAAUGCAAGUAUUAUGCCAGUAAAGUCUGGUUGUUACUGCA